GGGGUUGAAACGCGAAGGGGGGAAGGAGCAGUAGGCAGAGGCCGUGGCUGGACAAUGACUGACGUGGAAAGUGUCUGGGAGUGAGUCACCAACUUCGCCGAGGAAAAACAGACUUAAAAGGGAAAGUUUUUGCUUGUUUUUAAGCUGCUGUGAGUGUUUUUCUACUGCAGCAGGAUGAGUCUAGAUAAAGCGGAGCUGUGUGAUUCCCUGUUAACCUGGGUAAGUUUGAUGUUAGCUUGGAGCUUGGCUAACCGCCGGCUAACAGGUGCCAGCAGGUGUUUGUCAAUUGGGGUGACACACUGUUCAGUUAAACCUUUAAAGCUAAGACCUCUCCAAUAGAGGCUUUAUUAGCUCAUGAAUUUAACGUGUACGCAGCUGGCAGGUAGAAAGUUGUGCGUUUGGAAGCUAACUUUAGCUAGCAAGGUGAGCUAACUAGGUGUGGAAACAUAGUAAGUUUGCUCACUUUGGUCUGUUUUAUCUCUAACUGUUUCCAAACUAACUGCGGUGUCAGCUGAAGAUUACAACUUAAAAACAAACUCAAAUAGCUCAGUGUGAGUAGUGUAAAGUUAUCUCAGGCUAUCUAAGGUUUAAGUCAUUUUUAAAGCACAGAGGAAAGCCACCUGUUUGGUACUUUCACACAGCAGCAAGUGUGCGACACUCUGAAGUAGGUCUGUAAUCCCCCACAGUCAUUUAAGUGAUGUUUACAAAGACUGGGUGACAUGAGACUAAACAGCAUUUUAUGAAUAGCACCCACCUUACUUGUAGGUACUGUUAAGAGUGUCCUAAAAGUCACCUUCUUAGUUCUUUUCUCUCUUUACCCAGAGGCAUUAAGGGGUUCAGGAGUAAAAUGUAACUGCCCCUGUCUAGAAAUCUUUUCAGCUCUGAAAAAAACUUUAUAUAUAAUUCCUGGAUCAUAUCAGAGCUCAAUGCAAUCUUCCAGCAAGCUGAGUAUAACUCUAAAUGAGAAGUCUAAAGGUAGUACGAGGAGUAGUUUUAUUUAUAAUACGUUAAAUUAAAACAAGUUUAAUUCUUAUUUUGAUGCAACUGCUUUUUGUCUCUGUAAACCCAGUCCCAAAAACACUGGGUGCCUUGAGUCAAAACAGUGUUUUAUGAAUAACACCCACCUUACUUGUAGGUGGUGUUAAGGGUAUUUUAAAAGUCACCUUUUUAUUUAUUUUAUUUUUUUUCCUUUACCCAGAGGUAUUAAGGCAGUGGUUCUCAAGUCCAGUCCUCGAGCCCCCCUCUGUCCUGCAUGUUUUGGAUGUUCCCCUGCUCCAACACACCUGAUUCAAAUGAUCAGCUCGUUAUCAAGCUCUGUAAUGGCUUAAUAACGAGCUGAUUAUUUGAAUCAGGUGUGUUGGAGCAGGAAAACAUCCAAAACAUGCAGGACAGUGGGGGCUCAACACUUGAUUGAGAACUACUAUAUUAAGGGGUUCUGGAGUAAAAUGCAAGUGCCCCUGCCUAGAAAUCUUUUCAGCUCUACAAAAACGUGAUGAACAAUUCCUAGAUGAUAUCGAAGCUCAGUGCAAUCUUCCAGCAAUCUGAGUAUAACACUAACUGAGAAGCCCAGAGGUAGUAUUAGGAAUAGUUGUUUCAUUUAUAAUACAUUACAUUAAAACAAGUUUAAUUUAUUUUGAUGCAACUGCUUUUUGUCUCUGUAAACCCAGUCCCAAAAACACAGGGUGCCUUGAGUAAAAUGUUGAUACAGACAGGUUUUCCUAAAAGUGGUGCAAAGAGAACAUAUCAAAAGUUAAAACUGAAAAAUGUAUUGUUUUAUGCAAAGUAUAUGUCUGUUUAAAUUCUUGUGUCAGCAACAUAUUUCAGAAAAGUGCGGACAGAGACAGUAAAAAGUUGUGUGAAUGUCUCACAACUAAUAAGAAUAGUUUGCAAUAGGUGAGAAACAUCAUGAGGUGUAAAAAAAAAAAGGACCUCCUGGAGAAGCUGAGUCCCUUUUUAUAAGUAACAAUGGGAAGAGGUUCACCACUCUGUGAGAGAGUGAGCAAACACUCAAACUAUUUCAGAUUGUUGACAAGGCUGAAAAUCAAUGAUGGCUGUGAUCUUCGACCCCUGGGUGGCACUGCAUUCCAGACAUGACUGUUGUGGAAAUCACAACAUUGACUAAAAUCACGUCAAAAACAAAUAUCUGUGUGUGAACACAGUUUGUGGCUGCAUUAACAAAUGUAGGUUAAAAAAAGGAACACCUGCAACCUCUCUAUGCCUAAACUUUUGUAGCCCUUUAAUGCCUGACACCACAAAUUAUGGCCAGAAAAUUCAAAUUUGUUUGGAGCUGAAAUGUUUAUUUAACUUACCACUGAAACCAAAAAUAUCUAAAUAUCAUUAAAAUUAACAAAUGUAUUUAUUUAUCUCGUCUGAUACAUUAGAUGAUUUUGGAAUCUAAUGAACUACAAGAGGACAUUUUUUAAUUAUUUAUCCGACUGUAUUCAGGUGGGGUUUUUUUGGGGUAAUUUGUUGAUCAUAUUGAUUUGAUAGAAGUAUAUGAAAGUAUGUAUCAAAUAUGAUACAAAAGGCAUUAGAGGGUGAAGAAGGACUAAGUGAGGGAGUUUGACAUUCUUUUUGGAAAAUCAGAGAUGCUAUACCCUUCAACUCUGCCCUUUUGUUACUGGUAUCAAACUGAAAAUGAGCAUAGGUGUGUUAUGCUAUGAUUACAUUUUUUACAUUCAACAACUGAUAUGUUUUUGCUCUUGUAGGAUUUUGUUUGGUUUGCAAACUGUUUUAAAAUCAGUUUUGAUGAAUAUUUUACAUAGCAGCCUGAUUUUUUUGGAUUGCAGAAUGUCUUUACAGUAUCAAGUUUCAAAUAUUUUACUGUCUCACAAUCUGACUUUCUUUUACUGUCUUCACUUGCAGUUACAGACAUUUCAGGUGCCAUCAUGCAACAGCAAGCGUGAUCUUACAAGUGGAGUGGCCAUUGCACAUGUGCUGCAUAGAAUGUAAGAACAUUUGUACCACAUUCUCAGUUUAAAUAAACUGCUUUGCACAUUUACGACUGUUUUACAAGUAUUUUGUGGUAUUGCUGUGUAUCACUGACCAGCGUGCACCAGUGGUUGAGCUGUUUAAGUACUUGCACCAUAAACUCUUAGGAACUGCUGCUAGAGGUUUAUUCAGAGCCUACUCGGUGAGUUUUGCUUAUCUGUCCGAUUUGCAAAAGGCCUUUUCCAAUGCAAACUUGAAUCAACAGAGUCUGGAUUUGUGGUUCCCUAUCUCAAAACAUAGUUGGGAUUUUUAUGUGUAACUCCUGGUCUGGCUUGAUAUUUGUGGCCAACAGAAGUAUAAGAAAAGUUAUCUAUUUGAAGGUCACUUUUUAAAAGAAAAUCCAAAGCUCGACUGCAUCUCGAGAUACAACCAGAACACCAAGCCCACAUGUGACUCUAAUGAACUGUUCUCCUCAAAUGUCAUCGGUUAGAUGAAUAGGAGUACAGGACAUUACUGCCCUGUGGCCCGCUGUGAGUCUUGAUGUCCAGAGAUUGGCCGUCCUUGUCGUCACUCGAGUUCUCUUGUGCUCUCAUUAACAGAGACCCCUCUUGGUUUAAUGAGACAUGGCUGGGCAGGAUCAAGGAGGAGAGCGAGGCCAACUGGCGCCUGAAGGUAAUUUGUGAAACAGCUGGAUAUGACAGAUUCCCCUGCAGUCACCAAGAAUGACAGAGAUGUCUAAUUUACAUCUCCUUAUUAAAGGAGAGAUCAUGAUAUUAACUCUGGUCUCGUUUAUUCCUUCAGGUCAGCAACUUGAAAAAGAUCCUGAAGAGCAUGCUGGAGUAUUAUCAUGAUGUAAGAACACUUUUAUUCGGCUUUGCCUCUUCUAGUUUGCUCGUAAACCUGAUAAACACUAAAGCCCACCUUACUAUCAUGGACAGGUUCUCGGUCACCAGGUAUCGGAUGCCCACUUGCCGGAUGUGAACCUCAUAGGAGAGAUGAACGAUGUCACUGAAUUGGGAAAGCUGGUACAGCUGGUGUUGGGCUGUGCCGUCAGCUGUGAGAAGAAACAAGGUAAACAGAGCGCUGUUACAGUAAGGAUAGAGGCGGAUGCAGCCAUUUGUGAAAAUAUCUCACAGGAUUAACUCAGAGUCAAGUCACAUGAUUUACUGAUCUGAUGUUUUCCCACAUUUGGAGGGAUGGUUUGGAUUUAUUGAAGUGGGGUUUCUAAGUUACUCCAGGAGCACCAACACAGGAGCUGAGCUUUGAAGAUCUGAGGCUGUGGUGAAGUUCAGAUGGUGUUAUGCUGGGAGUGUUGAUGUCUGUGGUCAGAUGAACUAGCCACAGCUCUAUAAGAGCCAGUAUCACUCAGCAGUACACAAAGUCUUGGACACAGUUUGUUUGAACAAUCUGAAAACACACAAACACUUUUGAACUUUUUUUAAACAUCAGGUUUUUGGCUUUGCUUUGCUUGGAUAGAACCAUUGUAAGUAUGGCUAAUGGCUCUCUGCUUGUUGAAAAGUCACCAAAACCGAAAUUCCCUCCUGAUGGGAACCGACAUCUGGAGUUUAGAGUGCAGAGAGUAGAGAUCUUUAUAUAAAGCUGUGGUUUCAACCCCCUUUCCCCUACUCAAAACAAUCUAUUGAAGGAGAAAACAGCAAAGCAUUCCCUUUCGACAGUACAGUUUUACAACUAUUAUGUUAUUAAAUGUUGAUGCUUAUCCAAUCAGAUCUUACAAAUUUAGUUUUCAUCAAUUUGGCACCACCUAUGGACAUAGUAGUCUUUGCUUAUCUUGUCUUUCACCAUUAAGAAGAGUCGCCUGACAAAAAACUCAUUCUGUUGGCUUUUGAUUGUCAGCUGUGUGGUUUGUUUUGAAUAUAUUACAUGGAAGUUGUAAAAACAGGGUUGUUAAUAAGUCAUUUUUCUGACACCCACACCUUCAUAUUGGUUUCAGAUAUUAAGAAUUACAACAUCAGCUGAUCAGCAGACUGAUAACUCUGAUCAUCUUGUUUACUUUUGUCUAUCAUUAAAUGGCAUCACUAUGAGUUUCAGUCUAUUUCAUAAAUGUUAAAAAACUUGUGACUUUACUAUCGUCAAUGACAGUUGUAUUGACUUGUCUACUCUUAGACACCCAAUACAACAUUUUACUGUCUAAAAUCUAAAAUUAGCUUCCUUGUCUGUGUUUCAGUCAGUCUCUUCUAACAGGCCUAAAAUUAAUCUGCCCUGUGUUGUAAAUUAACUUUAUCUUAUCAUUACCUUGUAGGACCCUACUUUAAAAGAUCUGAACUAUCCCUUUAAGAGUGUUAAAUGUAACAUUUCAGAGUAAAACCUGCUCAUUUGUUAUUUAAUCUGUACUUUGAAGAGCUGAGGGAGGGUGUCUGAAAAUAAUGUCAGCUGCUGUUUGAUAUGUGGGAGACUAUUCGUGUUAAUCUGUGUUUGGCUGCACCUUCACUCCUUUGUGUUGUCGUCUCCUAAUCACAGAGCAAAUCCAGCAGAUAAUGACACUUGAGGAAUCUGUCCAGCACGUUGUGAUGACAGCCAUUCAGGAGGUGAGUGAGCCCGGCACUUAUCCUCCUGCUUCCCUCUUCUCUGCAUUAAUCCCAGCUCUUAGUCACGCUUAAUUCACUAUCAAAGGAACACGGGUUGGCACAACACUGAACGCAGUCCCAGAAACCCUAUUAUGAGGUAUUUCAGGGAUGUGUUUAGUGUGCCAUUGGCGCUCAGAGGUGUGUUGAAAUGUGGCACUAUUAGGUGGGAAAACAACCUGUUCCAGAAAAGUUAUUUAGAAACCUAAUAAACCUGUUUUUCUUGGGCCAGGCUCUUGUAUUUGUCCUGUAAUUUGAGCUUUUCAUUGACUUUCUUGUCAUUUCUUUGUUGAAGCUUUUAUCAAAGGAGCCUUCAUCUGAACCAGGAAGCCCAGAGACCUACGGGGACUUUGACUACCAGGUGAAACUCAUUCUGGUUUCUUUAGUUUUUACUGUAUUCAGCAGAUCUGUUUGUAUUCUUUUUUUAACUCUUUCUGCAUGAAACUAGUAUCACAUCUCUUUUGUCUCAUUUCUCUGUUGGUUCUGUGUUUGCAGUCAAGGAAGUAUUACUUUCUGAGUGAGGAGGCAGAUGAGAAAGAGGACCUGAGCCAUCGCUGUCGAGACCUAGAGCAUCAGGUCUGUACUGAGAAUGGUGUCAAGGUUUCACCUCAGAUCCUUAAAGUCUGAGUCCUUUUGGUUUCAGCUCUGGCUGAGUUGGAGACACAUGAUGUAACUGUUGGUCGUAUCAAGUUUAUUUUCAUACUGCAGGAUUCAGCAUUUUAGGUUCUGAAAACAUUCCUUUCACAGAGACAAACAACCAGCAAAAGAAAUGUUUUGUUUUCGGUUCUGCUCUUUUAAACUCAGAACUUAAUUUGUCAUGACUCUGCGAAGAUGCUGUACUUAAAAAGUUGCGCUUUUAAACAAGUUAUGAUUAUACCUAACUUUUUGUUUCCUUCAUGGAGAAGUAAACUUUCAGAGAAAAAACUCAAAACAAACUUUUACCUCAACUUUGUGGUGAUAAGAGAAGAAUGCUGUUCGGAGUUGGACACUCUGCAGAGCCUAGCUGCUGUUGGGAAAAAAUGCACUGUAAAACUCGUACAGAGCUGCAGCUGGAUGGUUCUACUUUACUAUAUUUCUGUUGUAGUGAAAUAAAAAAACAUCUCCUCUGGUUCUCCAGUGAUCUUCUCGCAUGUGCAGCUGAGGCAGAGUAACUUCAGCUGAAUACUUGCAGCUGGGUAGCACUUAGCUUGGAGCGAAAGUUUAAAGCAUGUGGAUAAACCCUGGCUCUCCCUACGUGUAUACGGGCACUGUGCUUUCCAUCUUUGUUCCUUUCACGUCAUACAAGCUGCAAUGGGGAAAAUGGUUCCACUAAUGUUUGCUGCUUUUUAGCAGGUGUUUCUAAUAGUCCUGUGCAUCUCAAAGUGAGACACGUUUCUCCCACCGCAUGCUUCAAACAACUGGGUGUGCUGCCUUUAGCUGCAGCAGCCAUUCAACAAACUUUGCAGGGGACUUUUUUAAUCUUGAUUCCACCAAACCAGUUUCAAAUGACAGACAGUACUUUGGCACUUUGUUAUUUUUGGGAGCAGAUUUUUCUCUAGCUCUUGCAGCCAUAUUGUUGUUUAUUGUGUUCCUGAAGGAAGUAAACAAGAGAGAGGGUUUCAGCUUUGCAAGUCAGAGGGGUGCAGCAGAAGAAGUUUGAAGAGAAUAUCUACAGAUUUUCCUUUUUAAAAAGUUAUUCUAAACCACAAAUACAAAUAAUAUAAUACAUCUUAUUUAUCUCUCUGCAUUGAUUCACGCAUUUUCAACCAAAUUAGCACUCUCAGCACUGUGCUUUGUUGUGAUACAUCGCUAUAUGUGCUGCAGACAGUUCUGAGAGCAUUAAAACAAAUGCAGAAAAGAUUUACUCAGAUACACAAAAACUUUUUAUAUCUCCCAAGUCUAAUUUAUGUCUCCCAAGUUUGGGUCAAUAAUUGCUCUUUUUCCACCAUACACUGAACUUCCACAAAUUGGUUUAAUAAUGUAUGUGGCACAAUUAGUCUUUAAUUUAAAGACGGAAGAAGUGGAGAGUGUUCCUUUAGCUGUGAAAGAAAAAGCCCAAAAUGUGAUAGGUUUUGUUCAAUGAAGUGUUUUUGAAGGCCAAAAUUACUGCUAGUGCUUUUUUCUUUGACAAUUCACAUAAUGAGACACCAUGUACUUUGCACCUAAGGGUGUAGUUGCUAGAGGAUAAGCCCUAGCAUUAGCAGAUAUUAAAUCCAGUCGUGAUAAAGUGUCUGUAGAGUGUAAAGUUCACGUCAGGUCAGAUGUCAAGCAGAUGAACUUACAAACAGUAACAUUAGAUUACAUGAUGUUCUUGCAAUGACAGGGAGCUUAUGUCCAUACUGUUUCUUGAAACCACUUUGAGUGUAGCGAGGGAAGAUAACUCUGGUACAACAAGAGGAGUGGAUUCCACCAGUACAAUAAAAACUCCUACAAAGAGCAGUUAUUUUUGGAAGAAAAUACACUGAAUGACCUUUUUUUUUGUGAGAAUCAUGAACAGGAUCAAAGCAGGUUUGAGUCGAUGAAAUGAUGAAGAUUGUAACCUAAAGAUGAGAAACUGGGCCAUGGCUCUGUUUAAGCUCCUAUUAGUCAAACAGAUCAGUUGCUACUAUAACAUAAAACCAUUUCAGCCUUUUAUAAACCUGACUUUCAGAUAUUUUCUGGCCUAGUUUUGCUGCUCUGUAUGUGCUGGAUGUUGAAAGUGUGUGCCUGCUGCUUUCCAUGCCCUGGCCCUUAUUGAUCAGCCCGCCUGAGACUUUGUUUGUGUUCCCUUGGCUUGUUUUUGCACCGCCAACUGAGACAGGACUAAUUUAGUAUUUUCAAAAGAUACAAACCAGUCGAUAGUUGCAUAACAUCAAGAUAAAACUGACACAUUGCCUUGGGAUGGAGCGGUAGCCAACAAUAAUUUGUACUGCUCUCAGCCCACUUGUUUGUUUACUUACCAAGCCCACGCGUUAGGGAUUAGUCAUUUGUGUUGUUUUGAAAGCGAUUUACUGUCAUGGUCCUGUGCUAAAGCAUGCAAUCUGUCCUUAAGUUCAGUGUAGGGUUUUGCUGUAUUCAAACUGGAAAGAUGUCCACUGGGUAAGUUUCAAGUCCCCUGUUUUUUUUUUUUUUCUGUGACACCAGCUCGUCUCACUGUAACCCCAGCCUGAUUAAAACACGAACAUUUUGUGCUCACCUCUAAGCUGCAGUCUGUUGAACCAUCCAGCUUCAUCUGCCUGAAGUCAGAACAUUUCUCCUCUUUUAGCCGUAACAGAGUAACUCUAUGAUCCAAAGUCCUCAUUGAGCUGUGCAUAUUCUCCUAUUUAUAUCCUCAAAAUCUGGUUUUGACCUUGAGGCUAAUGCUAACAACUUCUCUAUUGAGAGAGGCCCAUUCGCCUGAGACCAUUUACACCAGCUGACUAACUUAUAUUUGAGAACUGAGCAUGUGAAACAAGGACUAAGCAUGUAUUAGGAGUCGUCUAAGCAUGAGGAAUGGUACGUGUGUCGCUGCAUCUCUGUGCUUUAUUUCUGUGAGUUUGUUUUUAUCAGCAGAAGGAGUAAACUUUUCUUCUCUUUUUCCAAAACCAAGUUUCUCCUUUUUUACUUUUUAACAGCUGCAGUUCAUCCACUCAUCUCCGGUCUGUUCUCCUUUUCAGCAAAUUCUCCUCCUGUUCAUUUUCUCUCUCACUGUUUGUCCUCUGUUCUUUUCUUUCGUCCCCCCUGCAGUUGUCGUUGGCUCUGGAGGAAAAGUCGUCCCUGCAGGCAGAGACUCGCUCCCUGAAGGAGAAGCUGAGUCGCUUCGACGCCUCCACCACAGCCAUCACGGGCAAAAAGCUGCUGCUGCUGCAGAGUCAGAUGGAGCAGCUGCAGGAGGAGAACUACAGGUACAUGAAGUAAACACAGAGUGAGGCAUUCUGACAUUUUUGAAGUCUGUGUUUAUGCACCAGGAAAAUAACUAACAACAACUUUACUAUGGAGAAUCUUCAAUAGGUUUGAAACAAAAUUAGAUAAAUUCUGAUGACCCUAUAUGACCUUCGUGGGCAAGCAAGACCAUUAAUGUUAAGGUCAGGAGGUCUGAAGGCUUUGGAAAAACUGUUUUUUUAAAGGCCUGCUGCAUUUUUGUUUUUUGUCAGUUAUUUAAAGAAUUGAGAAUUCAGCAUUGUCUAGACGUAAUACGUGCAAACUGAAAUGUUUCAGCAAUUUUCUACAACCCCACUUCCAAAAGAGCUUGAGAUGGACACUUUGUCAAAUGUGAAGAAGUAUUAAUGCUCAGACUUUAGUUAGGUAUUGUAAAUUAUUAUUUUGAUUGAUCUGAGGUACUGGAUUCUAGAUUUUUCCUGAGCUGUAGGCCAAAGUUAUCCAAAUUUUAAGAUGUAAUCAAAAGAUAAUUUAAACCAUCAUCUUUUUGUAAUCAUUAUUAUUAUAACUAUUACUUUGAUUUAUUGUUUUAAAUACUUUUUUUUCUUUUGAGUUCUGUUAAUACUGUCUGUAUAGCUGUGUGGUUUGAUGUCUUACAUCCUUAAAAUCAUACCACAGUGUCUGUAGUCACGUUACUCUGCCGGGUCCAGUCUGAGACAAGGGGUAGAACUCAAACCCUGAGCCGACUGGAGCUGCCAGUGUCCAAUAAAAUGCUCUGUCUGUUGUCUGCCCAGAAUUUAGCUCUGGUGGGGAUGACGCAGACCAAAAAAGUAAACACCACAGUUAAACAGUUUUCGUGUGAUGCCACCAAACCGUUUCAACACGUGGAGUACUGUCCUGUUACUGAAUAUUCUCUCUCUCUCUUUUAUGGUUCAUAAAAAUAGAGAGGGCAACAAGUGCCUAAACAAAGUGUAUGUUGAUAACACACAGAUUUACUGAGCUCAUUCUUCACUACGAGGCAUCUCAUCCCCUCAGCUCAAAUCUGUAAAAAGUAGCCCUGUUUUAGGCCCUUUUUCUCCUUAAACAGGACACCGCAGAUAAGUUCUGUCUGGAGGAUCUGAAGGGUCUGGUGGUGCUGUAAAAGUUGAGAAGCUCUGAGAUGUAUGUUACACUCAAGCUUAUAAAGAUCACAAGACUUGUAUGUGAGUUUUGAAUCGAACAGGGCGCCACUGUGAGGGAUAAAGACAGGAAUGAUGUUUGUGAUGUUUCUAUGACCUUGUUAAUAACCCGGCUGCAGCAGAAUUCUCCUCUCUGAUCACAGAGGGUAAUGUCAAGACUGAAGUUUUUUUUUCCUGGAAUUUCACAAUGUGUUCUUAAAGUUGACCGAGUCACUCUCUGGUUUCAUGUAACUCUCAGACUGGAGAACAGCAGAGACGACAUGCGUGUGCGCGGAGAGAUCCUGGAGCGAGAGGUGACAGAGCUGCAGCAGCGUAACGAGGAGCUGACCAGCCUCGCUCAGGAGGCCCAGAACCUGAAAGACGAGAUGGACAUACUCAGGUGAGACCGGAGUCAGUUUCCCUCUGAAGUCUAACUCACUGUGUGGAGGCCUUCACACCAACAACCUGACAGUUUGUACUCAGCAAACUGAAGAAAGUCACGCUCUGUGGGCGUUGAGUCACAUGGACACAGAGAGUUUAGUGUUUUCUACUGUCCAACAGAGAAUUUCAGAUUAUGCAGCGACAAACAAGGGAAGACUGAAAACAUUGAGGGCUUUUUUAAAAUAAAGUUUAGUCACCAUCAACACUUCCUCCUACAUGUUAGGAAUCUCUCUGGGAAAAUACUAAACACUGUAAAUUCUGUUUUUUGUCGCCGAGUUGAAAAACCACAAGAGUCAAGACUGAUCUGAUCAGGCGUGUUUGGACUUUACCCCAAAAUGACGAACUAAGUGGUUUCUGUUCACACAUACAGCUCACCGGGGUCAUUUCAGGAACUUUUCAAAAACUUUGUGCGUCUCUGAAAAAGGACUCAAGUGGGAUGUGUGUCGUAAUAUUAAAAUCUCAGCAAAUUCUGAAACCAGUUAAACAUACAGCUGUGACAGUUUGACUUGAGUCUAUGUGUCUUAUUUCUAUAUUUGAUAGAAGUCGGUUUUCACAAAACCUUAAAAUUCACCAAAAUCAGCCCCACAGCUGGACAAGUUUCCCCUUUUUUUUAUAACCUCAUACAUGAGCUAUUUAGCUUCUUAUUCCACCCCCUGUAUGUUUGUAAUGUUAUAAAACUCACUGUCACACAUGUUGUCAUCUUGGAAUAGUUCCAUACAGAAGCAUGACUCCCUCCUGUUUGAGUAAUGUUUGCUUAAGUGUGCGGAGUCUUUUCCUUUCAAAACAAAACCGUGCACAUGGAUGUUUGCAUAGCUCGGAGCUGAGAGAAACAAACAGAAAGAGAAGUGUUUAGAGACAAACAGAAGCUUUGUUUUUGUUUUGUUUUUUUUUCCAGGGGGUUUUAUUUACAGGAUGAAAACUGUAGGAUAUCAGCAGCCUGUUCCUUUAAGCAGUAGUUCAUCUAUUAUCAAUUUCUCCUCACAGAAACAACUCCUACACUGCCCACACACAGACGUCCAUUCAGCUCCUCUCUGACAUCUGUGUUGUUAAUGUGAAUUUCAUGCAUUGACACUGGCUUGCGUCAGAGUUGUUUCAGUACUUAGGUACAUUUCCACACGGAUGUGUUUUGUUAAAAGUGAUAUUCCUGUUCUGGUACUCGACGCUGCCCACACUCUCCUCUCCUCCCCCUCAGGCACUCGUCAGACCGGGUGAACCAGCUCGAAGCGCUGGUAGAGACGUACAAAAGGAAACUGGAGGAUCUGGGAGACCUGCGCAGACAGGUGCGCCUCCUAGAGGAGCGCAACACCGUGUACAUGCAGCGCACCUGCGAGCUGGAGGAGGAGCUCCGCAGAGCCAACGCCGUCCGCAACCAGCUGGAUACUUACAAGAGACAGGCAAGCUGAGAGGAGACGGGAUGAGGGGGAGUGACACUUGAUAUUAACCACAGCCUGGCCUGUGCACGUGUGCAGAGAGUCUUGAAUUCGAUAAGAGAGCUGUUGCCAAUGCAGACUGUUGCUAUGCUCUCUGACUUGCAGGCCCACGAACUUCACACCAAGCACUCAGCAGAGGCCAUGAAAGCAGAGAAAUGGCAGUUUGAGUACAAGAACCUUCACGACAAGUUUGACGCACUGCUGAAGGAGAAAGAAGUGAGUCUGGAGAAGCACACAAUACUUAGAAAUGCUUUUACUGAGCUGCUUUAUCAGGAUCAGUUUGUAUGAGCGCUGCCCUUCAUCAGUCACACUACAGUCUAUUAAUAGACGCUCGGCGACCUCAGGAAAGCAAACUUAUAGUGGCUGGAAAACUCAUGUUAGGCCUCGUUUCCAAGAGUUAACAGAGGUAAAAAAUUUAAUGAAUUUUACUAAUGGAAACAUUAAUCUUCAGAAAUAUGCAUUAAGGUCUUUAGUUUUUAGAAUCGACUUAAUAAAAUCAGCCAGCGUUUAAAUGAAAAGGUGGUGGGGCAACUCUGAAAAACAGCAACCCAGUUCCUCUCUCUCGAACCUACACUGAUAAACUCGUGUCCAUUUUACCAAAGUGCUGAAGUAGAGCAGGAUAACAAGAUCAAAUUUAUUGAACAACUGAAACGAUUAAGGAUCCGUCUUUAUGUAACAGAGCUGACCUAACCAAAUGUGAGACAUAUUUUUAAAUUUUUUUAGAUUUGAUAUUUUAGACCUCAUCUUUAAGCAUCUUGCCUUUUAUAACACAUGACAUUUUUGGAUGUGAGAGAUGAUGAUAGCUGCCUUGUUUUGUUUUAAGUAUCAAAAUUAAAGAAGGGUGAAUGAAAACUGAAGCCUAAUUUUCCUUCUUGUCACGUGUUUUUUGUUUUUAAGCGUCUGAUCUCUGAGAGAGACACACUCCGGGAGACAAACGACGAGCUCAGGUGUGCGCAGGUACAGCAGCGGUGUCUCAGUGGAGCUGGUGAGUCUGUUCAGAUACAUUAUGUAGCUCCACAUCAUGUACACAAUGUUCAGAAUUUAAUGCUGGCAUCAAAUUUAAAGUGAGAAUACAUUUUUAAUAAAACUUUGAGACCCUUUAAGUCACAACUUUUGAAAUGUUGUCUUUGCAUUUAAACAAUCAGAUUUAAAUUCUGUUUGAGUAGCUUUUUUAAAAACAUACUUGUCAUGACGUCGUAGAACACAAUUCAGAAGUUGUGUAAAUUUAGAGCUGGCUGUUAAUUAACCUCGCACAGACCUGUACAGUCUCUGUAUUAACACGGUGUGUGAUGAGCAAUUUAAUUUUCUACAGAUUAAAACUAGAACAAACUGUUUAUAAAAUGUGUAAAAGUAACCAGCUGACUCUUGACCCCCUCUCUGUCUCUGCAGGAGGUUUGUGCGACAGCGAUGUCACAGUGGGAAAUCUGGCGGCAGAGAUCAUGCCCACUGAGCUCAAGUACGUCUGCUGUUCUGUGUCAUUUGUGUUUGUGGAGGUUUGUGUGUAGGUAGCAAACAAAUGUAAGCAUAGCAGAUGAGAUUUUCCUUCUAAAUCUGUAACACGCAAGCAUUAGUGUCACUAUCAGGAGCCCACUCGUGCCCUAUAUUAAUCUGCUGUGGUCGGGGGCGUAAUUGUUCCCUGAAAUAGCGACACAUGUCAGAGCGGAGCAUUUGUCUGGGGCGUUGUCGGGCAGAGGGCUCGGCCAACUGCCUCCACCAGCCGGUCUCUGACCCAGCUCAUCUGUCCUCUGCUUCUCUUGGCCUCCUCUUCCCCCCUCUCCUCUCUGCAGGGAGACGGUGGUUCGUCUGCAGAGUGAAAAUAAGAUGCUGUGUGUCCAGGAGGAGGCCUUCAGGCAGAAACUGGUGGCGGUGCAGGCAGAGCUGGAGGAGGCUCAGCGCAGCAAGAACGCCCUGGAAACUCAGAACAGGUAGGCGUGUGUGUGUGUGUGUGUGUGUGUGUUUAACAUGCAGUCCAACUGUCCAAGUGUGAAGUAAUCAUCCCCCUUCUAGGCCACCAUAUUGUGUGUUCCUGGACAUUAGGCUGCUUGUUUGGCUGAUGGGAGGAGUGAUAUCUGCCUAAAUGUCAACUCACCCUCUGGACUGAGUGCUCAGCGGAGCUGUGUGGGCUGGACUGGCGUACGGACAGCACAGCGCCAGAUUGUUCCUCGAGUGUGUGUGUGUAUGUGCGCGUUUACAUGGCUGUGGGCAUGUGGACAUGUGGGUGGACUGUGUGUGUGUGUGUGUGUGUGUGUGUGUCCAUGCAACACCAGGCCCAGGGUGUGGGAAGCCUCCUCAGCAACAGUAACAGGAGGAGAGGAGUGGAGUGAGCAUGCUCAGUGGAGUAGAGCUGUGAAUGGCCAAGCGGCACGGGGACAUGCACAACCGGCAGCAAAUGUCCCCAAAAUUCCCAUAAUGCUUUGCAAAAAAACCUCCACCCACAAUUUAAACUUAAUAACCCCAUUUGAAUCCUCAUAAUGAGCGUUUUUCUUUGAUCGCUCAGCAUUUGUCUUUUUACUUUCUUGGAGUAAGUUUUAAAGCUGCGCCUUUUACUCUGCUCUAGGGUUUGGCGAUAUGGAAAAAAGUUUAUCAUGAUAUAUUUUUGUCAUAUCAGUUGAUAUCGAUAUAUAUCCUGGUGUAAAAAAUGAAAUUUAACAGUGCUUAUUGGUGUCGGCUUCAUGUGUUUAAGUGCUAUGGUUGCGUGUAGCUGCAGCCUGCUGCUACCCAGUUGUUUGCUACUUGGUUCUAAUUCAGCACAUGAUUGGUUCAGCGCGACGCUGACCCGGAGCAACCCCUUUUCAUUGGCUAUUCGUGUAGUCUACCAAAACAUGGCAGAAUGCCGACUAUCAAAAAGCAUAUUGACCAUGUUUUAUAAUGAUAUUGAGGGAAAUUAAUUUUCGAUAUAUAUCGUUAUGAUUUUAUCAGCCCUACUCUGACCAACAUCACAGUCUUGACAACAAGCUAAUGUGCUUUAAUGGAGAAGUUAAUUCACGACUUCAUUCAGGGCAUAUGUUGCACAUGUUGUAUUGAAAGAUCGAUGUUCAGAGGAAAUAAUUUCUUUGGUUUUAAGGUGAAAUUUGAUGUAAUAUUUACUCAAUGAAACUAAAUGUUAAAAUAAGGGUUUAUACCCCUGGAUAGCAUCAUUUUUUGUUAUCAUUCACAGUCAUGACUUUAUAACAGACUAAUAAAAAACAAACAUGAUGUCAUCAGUUUUCUUUCUUUAUAUUUACUAAUAAGCAGGAAAAUCAAAAUCAAACAGUGUUUCUUUUUUUUCUCUCUUUUUCAAUCCAGGUAUAAUUCGCUCAUUUGAUUUUCAAAAUAAAACCAAAAAUGAAAAAAAAAGAAAACAAAUUGUUUCCUAAAUAUUCCUCUCUAAAACAAAAAUGUAAAAAAAAAAACAGAGCGGCUCAUUUCGGAUUUCUGUGUUUCUUCUGCUCAAAUUAAAAUAAGAUAAAUGGAUAACAACCGUUUUAUCUGAUUUAGACUUUUUCGUCUGCAGAAAGUUUCGUGACCCGGAAGUGAACCUAACUCAGAACCAGAAAUGGGCUGGACUCAAGAAUUAUUCAGAGCUCAUACAACACUGUUUUUUUCAGGAUGGCAAAAGCUGUGUGUCCAUGGAAAAUGAGCCGUUAUCAAUUUUUUCUUUUUCAUUUUAAAGACGAAUAUUUAGAAAACAAUUUGUUUCCUUGUUUUUUUAUUUUUGGUUUUAUUUUGAAAUUUGAAUGAAUGAAUGAUACACAGAUUUUUCUCUUCCCUAAAUUUUCUUUUGUCUUUCUUUUUUUUUUUUUUUUUUUUUCUCCCAGAUUAAACGAGCAGCAGAUCUCAGACCUGCGUGCUCAGGUGGAGGAGCUCCAGAGGGCUCUGCAGGAGCAGGACAGCAAGACUGAAGAUGUGAGUGAAGAGUUAAAAAAAAAUAUCAUCUCCACUGUGCGUAAAAUCCAAAUGUUGCAUGGCACACACUGAGUUCAUUAAGACUUGUGAUUUGAACACUCAUCUGUCGAGGACUGCAGUGAUUGUUCUCCUUCUUUGAUACAUGUUGUGUGGGAAUUUAACCCAUGUUUGCUGUGGUGAUCACUGUUAACGCCUGCCCCUCUCUGUCUCUCUCCGCCUGCCCCCUCCCCCCGUCGCACAACUCUUCCAAAAUCAGGCCAUCGUAAGUACGGCCCCCACCUGCUGUCCCAGUGGCUCAUGAUUUUACUCUGACAGCUUGACUUUCGCAGCUUAUACCCUUGUUUGUGUUUGCCUUUUAAGUAAGCCGCCACAUGUUAGUUCAGUGCGUAAUACGUAGACUUUAUUUUCUUCUUUGCAGUCGUCUUUACUGAAGAAAAAGCUUGAGGAGCAUCUGUAAGUACUCAGCUGCCUCUACUGAUCACUGAACAGUUAAGGAAACCAGGAGAAACUACACAAACUGAAAACACAAACUCAUCUCAUGUUUUAGGGAGAAGCUCCAUGAGGCCCACUCAGACCUCCAGAAGAAAAGAGAAGUCAUUGAUGACCUAGAGCCCAAAGCAGACGGCAACAGUACGCUGUUUUUUUAAAUUAAUGUACUUUUUAAAGCUCUUUUUGCUUUUUCUUCACCCUCACUCACUUAUUUUUUCCCUUCACAGUGGCGAAGAAGAUAGAUGAACUCCAAGAGAUCCUGCGCAAGAAGGACGAGGACAUGAAGCAGAUGGAGGAGCGAUACAAGCGCUAUGUGGAAAAGGCGAGAACGGUCAGUCCAGAAAAAAAAAAGACCAUUCUGUCCGCAGCAUGUGGCUCUAAGAUAAAAAUGUGAUGGUAUUUUUGUUCACAGUUGUAGCUGGAAAUGUUCCGACACAUCAAAAACAAGUUCAUAUGCUGUAGGGAGCACUGCGGUGUUUUCAAACGGUUCUAAGUGGCUCUGCGGAGUCUGGAAAGUUGUCUCAAAGGAUGUCACAACAUCGAUGCUUAGAUGGAGUUUGAAAAUGAAACAAACUUCAACCUGUUUUCAUCUUAAGUUCAAGAGAACGACAUUCAGAAGCAAGAAAAAAAAAAACAUGUCAAGUCCCAUCUGUAAACGGUUGUGGUGCAGCCUCUCCUUUCAGUCUCUGAGGUUCGUAGUUCUGCAUUUAGGCCAGUGCUGGUGCUCCACUUGUUGGCAUGUGUAUCAUGGAGCCAGUUCCAGUAAAUCGUUCAUUAUAUAUUCUAAACUUCUUCAGGUACAAGAAGGUGAUGCAGAUUUUCACAACAUUCAUUUAUUGAAAAAAUUCCUUCAGUGUGUCACACAAACUUAGAACCUCUCAAAUGUUCCCAUUUGUACCUGUGAACUCAUACAGAAGCUUUGGCAUCAAGUCUUCACUGAGAUCACGUUUGUUUGGCUUUACUCUGCCGCAAGCCGACAAGUGAGCGUCGGUACCAUCUACCAUGUUGUACAACAUGAGUAAUACAUGAGAAGUGCUUUUAUGAAUCACCAAGAGAAACUGUCAUGUGGAGAGGACAAGAAUGUACCACUCAGCUGGUUAGGAGUCACUGGUUUAGAGUUUGUGUACUUAUCUGAAUAUUUUCCACAUUGACAUGUUUGUGUUAUGAUUUUUUUUCACAGUUGAAAUUAGAACUCAAAUGAUUAUGCACUUAAAAAAAAAUUUAAUUGGUUUUUGGAGAACAACUUCUGUAACAAGAGCAUCUCCAAGUUUCCACAUAUUUGUUUUCUACAAUUUGAAAGAGGAGCUCAAUUCAACACAUCAGAUAGUUUUCUGUUUCUGUCAUGGAUGUUGGGAGUGCAACUGCAUAUCCAGAAAAACCACAAAAAACCUUUUCUUCCGGCUCACCGACAUCUGAUAAACUGCUUCAAAUCAUGACAUUUGAUUCAGCAUCAUCAUCAGGGGCUGCAAGCAAUUUAAAAAUUAAUCAAAAUUAGACGAAUGGAGUUCAGUGAGUUCAGCUCAUUUACAGCCUCUUCCUCAUCCCUCAUAGCCCAAUCUCUCUGAUUUCCAUUUCGGGUUAACCUUGAAAGUCUGAGCUGGAAAUGACGUCACUCUGAGUUGACGGCAAUUACAAGUUGAUAACAAAGUCAGGAAGUUUCCCCUGUUAUUGUUAGUUUAAUGUUCGCUUUGCCCAGCAGUGACAACACACUACAUGCUCGUUUGUGCAUGAAAGCAACACGACAACAUGUCCACAGAUAAAACUUGGACAAUACUAUCAGCGUUAUUGAUUAAAUGAAGCACAAAAGAUAAAAGUGCUGACAAACACUGUUUAAAGUUCAGAUGUUUUUCAGUUCAUGCAGGAGGCAACUGUCUUGAAUUUUGAGCUUCUUGACGUUUCUCCAACUUUCCGAGUUGAUAUUCUGGUUUAAGUGGGUGUUCAUGUGACACAUCGAGCAGGCAUCUCAGAAUUUCUGAGAUCAAAGGGCUCACCAUCUGACUGAUCUGCGAGCAGUGUAGUUGAAUUGUGGGUAAUGGAGGCACCAGCUUAUGGAGACAAAAAAGACUGAAAUUUAUCUGGCUUUGCAAAAUGAUUGAGGUGUGUUUCAUCAAAAGUUAGGGUUAGAAGAUUUACUCAAAGAAGUGAUCUCAGGUAAUGUCCUUCAUGCCUGCAGGUGAUCAAAACUCUGGAUCCCAAGCAGCAGCCAGCGACUGUGUCUCCUGACGUCCAGGCUCUGAAGAACCAGCUGUCAGAGAAGGAGAGAAAGAUCCAACAUCUGGAGGUGAACAUUUCCAACAGACAGAUACAGUUGCUCAUUUUUGUCAUUUUAGUUAAAGUCAUUUCACCCAUGCUCAGUCAUCGGUUUCAUUUUCUGAACAGCACGACUACGAGAAGAGCAGAGCCAGACACGACCAGGAGGAGAAGCUCAUCAUUAGUGCCUGGUACAACAUGGUGAGUGUGGAAAUACAUUCAGAAACACAGAGACGCUCUGAAGACAGUCGGUGAUUUACAACUCGGAAAAAUCGAGUUGGAGGAGUUUUGCCUUCUCUGUAGUAAAGCUGCUGCAGGCUUUGACUUCUCAUUCUUUUCUCUUAUUCCCUCUCUGCUUGUUCAGCCUUAGGUUUGGCUCUUCUGGCUUCCAUCACUUGAAACAGAAAGAGAAAAAGAGUCUAUGUCAAGAGGUUUUUUUACAGGAGUCUGAAUUUGUAGUGUGGAAAAUCGCAUCUUUCUUAGACGUGUUUAUCCAAGGCUCAGAAAAAUGUCCCUGUUCCCUCAUUCUCUCUCUCUCUCUCUCUCUCUCAUAUUUAUAUAGGAUAUACAAAUAAAGAUAUUAAUUCUGUAUUUUGUUGCCUGUGAAUGUAAUGGUUGUCUCUGGACAGAGCGGGACUCUGCACCUGUAUCAUUUUUGUCCUCCUUCUUGUCUCAGGGGAUGGCGUUACAUCAGAAAGUGUCCGGCGAGCGGAUGGGUCCCUCAAACCAGGCCAUGUCCUUCCUGGCCCAGCAGAGACAGUCCACUAACGCUCGCAGAGGCCUCAUACGACACCAGCCCAGAUGAAAACAAACAGAUGUGACCCCAGGACACAUGAAAAUCCAAGAGGGAGCUUCUCCUGAUCUCCCUUUUUGCCUUUUUAUAUUAUACCUCCACUGGAUCUCUGCACUGUAGAGAAAUCCUCAUGCUGCUACUGCCCCCUGCUGGCUCCUAACGGAGGAGAGAUGACGUGCUCAUCUGUUUUAAUGAACUCAGAGAAACGGAAAAGGACUGAGAAGAAAGAGCCUCAAAAAGAGACUGACUCACCUUUUAAGGUGAUUUUUUUUUUGUUAUUUUCUCUCAGACUCUCUUCUUUUUCUUUAAAAUCUGUUUUAAACCUUUUUUUAUCUUUUAUGUUAAACUCUUAAGAUAAAAUGUGAAUUAGUUUAGUCAGGGCUGCAGUUAGAGGAGAUUUGAGGGGUUUCACACUCACCUUUUAGAGGAGCUAAAGAAGCUCCAGAAGCUGCUCGGGAACUGAAAGAUGAGGUCUGAUGCAGCCGUUCGUACAUCUCAUCGGUUUGUUUUCAGCUUUUGUUUUUGUCCUUUUUCUGUUUUGAGUGAGUUUGAGUUUUUCCUUUUGAUCUGAAGGACUUUGUAAAGACCAUGGAGGUGUGUUAAUGGCUUUUCCCCUUUUUCUAUUCACUUAGGUAAAUUUCUCUUUAAUCCUAAUAUUCGUAAUAAGAAUAAUUUAAAGCUUCACUAGAUACACCAAAGCACUUUCCUAGAGGGUGGGUUCAUUCAGUGCCUCAUAGAAAUGAUGAUAGCAAACAAAUACUCCCUCUUUGGAUGAGAUUGAACUCUGAGAUAAUUAGUGUCAACCCCCUUUAUUCUGUCCCCUCUGACACAAGAAGCUUUAACUUAAAGGUACUCCCUUAAUUUGCCUCUCAAAUGUUAAUUUUUCUCAAAACUUUUCUCAUUUAUUGCCUGGAAAUUUGAUCAUUUCUGAGGAUGUUUUGCUCCCUUUUCCCAAAGAUAUAAACAGGGUGUUUAUCGGUAGGAUUUAGUUGCACUCUCCACUUUUUACUCUAAAAAUGAUUAAAUUAUUAGAGUUAAAAUGGAGUCAAACUGGAAAUCUAAAGCCUCAUAAAUCUGUCUCUUAGACUGGAAAUCAAAUGCACGUUAUGAUUGAGUCUGUAGUGAUGAAAACACUUUGAAUCAUGACUCAGUUCAAAGGCUGUCCUAAUGCUGUUCGACUUUAUUUUAAUGAAUCUGGGGGAAAUAAUUCUCUAAUAAGCUGAAAUCAUGAUCUUUAACAGGAAGUUGGGGGCGGAUGAAAAAGUUGUGGCUGUUAUAGAAGCGCACAUAUCAACACUACGUCUGCCUUUCUUCACCGCUAGUUAGUUUUUCAUUUUCAUCAGAUUUGUAGUGCUUUUAAAACCUGUUUCAGAGCUGCUGUUUCAUGACUUGUACUCUGUCCCUGUGGAUAUUUGUGCUCUCUUCUACUCAGACCAGACUCUUGCUGUUAAGUGUGGGGUUUUUUUAUUUUUACUUCUGUCCAUUAUUUGUAUCUUUGGUAUUUGGUCACUUUUGUUUCUGCACAUUUGCAUGGUUUGAAGGGUUUCGUUUCAGGUUGUGUUUGUAUCAUAAUGGUUUGGUAGAUUAUAGCACAGCGUACGUCACACAGGGAUCUGAGGCAAGUUUAAGGUAUGUAGUCCUGUCUGUUCUACUUUUGCACUACAAAUAAAUAGGAUCUUAAGAUAAAACGUGUUGGUCUGGAGUUUUAUUUACUGGUACACUCAACUGGUGCAGAGGUCGGCCAGUUUUAUACACAAUACUCUACGGGAUGAAAAACGAAAUUCACCAAACCAAAUCUCUCAUUAAACUCUCCUGUAACACAGUCAACCCUAAUCUGAUUAAGGCUGACUCCAGACAGGCUUGUAUAGUCUGGCUUUGUGUGCAGAUAAGUGAUCAAUGUACAGAGACGGGAGCAAUCUGUGAUAUAUAGUCUCGGAUUAUGGAUUGAAAAGCUCUGUUGCUCACCCCUCC